AUGGAGGAGACUGACUGGAGCUCUGACGUCGGCGGUGGCUCGUGGCGCCCUGGUUGGCUCGUUGGCUGGGCUGGCAGGCAGCUGCAGCCCCUGGAGGCCUGGAGCUCCUUGGCUGGCGGUCCACUGCAGGCCCCCGGCGGAGAAUCAUUGAUCCAAACCUCCAAAUUUCGGGGACUGGGCCCCAGCUACCUCUCGCACUUGGACCUGGCGCGCAGAAGCCGACGGCCGUGGAGCAGCUCGCUAGGUAUCGUACGAGCAUCUUGUCUCGUCCCGUCCGCAACUUCGAGGCCAGCCACCAUGCCAAUGGAACCAGCCAUGCGGUCGGCAGCUUCCCAUGUGUGUCGGAGGUGCUCCCAGGCCUUGAGGACCCAGGCCCCCGCGUCGUCCAGAGCUUUCUCUCGCGCCGCCUUGCGACAGCCCGGCCCGCGGUCCCUCGAACGGCCUGCCCGGCCCUUCUCGCUCUUCGGCCAGAAGACCAAGACCAACGAUGAAGGCGUUGUCCAGUUUGGCUCCGGCGCUCCCGCUCCCGCUCCCGCGCCAGAUGCGAAGGGGAAGCACACACCUGUCUUGCGCCCCGACGACCUCUUCCACUCCUAUACAAACUCGCCCAUCCCGGAGAUACGGCACCGCGCCGCCUACAUGAGGCAGCACGCCCUGUGCCCUCACCCCGACCAUCGCCCGACCCGUCUGCCGACGACUCCCGACGACGUCGACAAGGCUGCCACCACUGGAAGCCAGCCCCCGGCCCACGUAAGCUUCGAGUGCCCCGACUGCGGCAUCCCCGUGUCCUGCAGCGAAGAGCACUGGGCCGACGACUACGAGGCGCACCUGCAGAUAUGCGACACGCUGCGUCAGAUCAACGAGGAUGACCAUGACUUGCGGUCCGGCAGGUUUUUCCCCGAGUUCGAGUAUGCCGGCCCGCAGAUGGAGGAGGCUGCCGUCAACAUGACCAACUGGGACACCUUCCUCUAUACCCGGCAGUUCGAGGCCGUCAACGACGACAGGAGCAUGCGGCAGGUCACUAGGUUGCUGACCUACCCCAUCACCGUCGGCAGCAUUCUCCACGAGCUGAGUCCCUACAGCAUUCGCGACGGAGGCCGCAUCACGCCCGAGGGUCUGAAGAGUUUCAGUGCCCUGCGGUAUACGCUCCAUCCGCCCAAGACCGGAGGCGGCGAGGGAAUCCGUGGGCUGCGACCAGAGGCCCCGCCGGUGCGGAUAUUCAUCCUGGGUGCGCGAGCCGAGUCCUCGUUGCCGCGCAAUGUUUGGGUGCAGCUCGCCCAUCUCUUCCCCCGAGGAAAGUUCCACCUGGUCUUCAUCGGGCCCGAGAGCAUGUCGAACCGCGACGACGAGUUCCCCCUCCCGCCGCGGACUCCUUCCAACCCGUUCGGCACCAUCGUCGAGGACCGCGUAUGGCCCUCGAUGAAGAUCAGCACCAUUGUAGACUACUACCAUACCAUCCACAAGACGGGCCAUUUCGAGCCCUACGACCCCUACUUUGACUGCUUUGUGCUGUUCCACCCCGGUCUGGGCCACCCCGCCAGCUCGCACGAGUGGGCCGAGACAAUCCCCAUGCUGCUCGAGACGAAGGCGCCGAUCAUCGCCACGGGCUACACGCAGUUCGACAUGGAGAGAGAUAUCGAAUGGGUCAACAAGACCUGUGGAGGCGAGUUUGACCUGCUCAUGGAGCCGGGCGAGAACACGUUCCGGAGCCAACGGUGGGAUCUGAAUGACCAAGACCCGCAGGAUGUCACCUGUGGCAACUGGGGUGUCUGGGCGUUCAGAGGCAAGAGGUACGAAACCACGCACAAGGACGUGCAGUAG